GUUCCCUUCUGCAAGGGACUUGAUGUGAUUCAGCAAGCGCAAUCAGGGACAGGGAAAACUGCAACUUUCUGUUCUGGAAUUUUGCAGCAGCUUGAUUAUGGGUUGGUUGAAUGCCAGGCUUUAGUUCUUGCCCCAACUCGAGAACUAGCGCAGCAAAUCGAGAAGGUCAUGCGAGCACUUGGUGACUACCUGGGUGUGAAAGUUCAUGCUUGUGUUGGGGGAACCAGUGUUCGUGAGGAUCAGCGAAUUCUUUCGAGUGGGGUUCACGUUGUUGUUGGUACCCCAGGUCGUGUUUUUGACAUGUUACGGAGGCAAUCACUCCGUCCUGACUACAUUAGAAUGUUUGUACUGGAUGAGGCAGAUGAAAUGCUUUCACGUGGUUUCAAGGACCAGAUCUACGACAUCUUCCAGCUUCUUCCUUCUAAAAUCCAGGUUGGGGUCUUCUCUGCCACAAUGCCUCCUGAGGCCCUCGAGAUAACCCGCAAAUUCAUGAACAAACCUGUGAGGAUCCUUGUGAAGCGAGAUGAGCUCACCCUUGAGGGUAUUAAACAGUUUUAUGUCAAUGUUGAAAGAGAAGAGUGGAAGCUCGAGACUCUCUGUGAUCUUUAUGAGACUCUGGCAAUCACUCAAAGUGUCAUCUUUGUGAACACCCGACGCAAGGUUGACUGGCUCACGGACAAGAUGAGGAGCAGGGAUCACACGGUCUCAGCUACACAUGGUGACAUGGAUCAGAAUACCAGGGACAUUAUAAUGCGUGAAUUCCGAUCUGGUUCCUCCCGUGUUCUGAUCACAACUGAUCUCCUUGCUCGUGGUAUCGAUGUCCAGCAAGUUUCACUGGUCAUAAAUUAUGACCUACCAACCCAACCAGAGAACUAUCUCCACCGGAUUGGGCGAAGUGGACGUUUCGGAAGGAAGGGUGUUGCGAUCAACUUUGUCACUCGUGAUGAUGAAAGGAUGCUGUUUGAUAUUCAGAGGUUCUACAAUGUGGUGAUUGAGGAGCUGCCGUCGAAUGUUGCUGACCUCCUGUGAUGAGUUUCUGGGAUAGUAUUUAAUAUUUAUGCCUUUGUAGGUUUUUUCUGUUUCCAAUAUUUUUCUCAUCAAACUUAACCUGACUAUUUUUGGUGGUAUGUUUGGGACCAUUUGCUUUGAUGGUGAUUGGAAGCAAAUUAAUUUUUUAUCCCAUCUGUGCAAAGUUUUGGAGCUGUUAGAUUUUGUUGUACUCUUUUCGGUUACAUUUAAGGGGGAGUGUCUAAUUUUUUCUUA